GUGACGCUGCUCUCGCCGCAGAGCCGCGCAGAUGAUGAGGGCCCAGUGAGGCAGGCACCAAGGGAAGGUCACUGUCAAGUUUGACUACAAGGAGCUAUGGAAGAGCCUAAUAAAGGAUUGGAUUCUGUAGCAGGAUCCUGUAGCAGCUAGGCUAAUAAAGGAGUGGAUCCUCACGCGCCUCUAUGACUGCCAGGAAGAAAAGAAUCCUAGAACUGGAGAUUGACGUGAAUGAGCUCCUCUACAGGAGAGUGACGAUGCCUGGGCUGCCAGGCAUCCUAUUCUAAGAACUCAGGCACUCAGCUAUCCACCAUGGUAUUGGGUCCUGAACAGAAGAUGUCAGAUGACAGUGUUUCUGGAGAACAUGGGGAGUCGGCCAGUCUUGGUACCUUCAACCCUGCCUAUAGUAAUCCCUCUCUUCCACAGUCCUCUGGGAACUCAGAGGAUGAGUUCACCACUUACUUUAAUGAGAAGAUCUCCAUUCCUGAGGAGGAGUACUCUUGUUUUAGCUUUCGGAAACUCUGGGCUUUCACUGGACCGGGCUUUCUUAUGAGCAUUGCCUACCUGGAUCCAGGAAAUAUCGAAUCUGAUUUGCAGUCUGGAGCAGUGGCUGGAUUUAAGUUGCUCUGGAUCCUUUUGUUGGCCACCCUUGUGGGGCUGUUGCUCCAGCGGCUUGCAGCUAGACUGGGAGUGGUCACUGGGCUGCAUCUUGCUGAAGUAUGUCACCGUCAGUAUCCCAAGGUCCCACGAAUCAUCCUGUGGCUGAUGGUGGAGUUGGCUAUCAUUGGCUCAGAUAUGCAAGAAGUCAUUGGCUCAGCCAUUGCCAUCAAUCUUCUGUCUGUAGGAAGGAUUCCUCUGUGGGGUGGCGUCCUCAUCACUAUUGCAGAUACUUUUGUAUUUCUCUUCUUGGACAAAUACGGCUUGCGGAAGCUAGAAGCAUUUUUUGGCUUUCUCAUCACUAUUAUGGCACUCACUUUUGGAUAUGAGUAUGUUACAGUGAAACCCAGCCAGAGCCAGGUACUCAAGGGCAUGUUCGUACCAUCCUGUUCAGGCUGUCGCACUCCACAGAUUGAACAGGCUGUGGGCAUCGUGGGAGCUGUCAUCAUGCCACACAACAUGUACCUGCAUUCUGCCUUAGUCAAGUCUAGACAGAUAAACCGGAGCAAUAAGCAGGAAAUACGAGAAGCCAAUAAGUACUUUUUCAUUGAAUCCUGCAUUGCUCUCUUUGUUUCCUUCAUCAUCAACGUCUUUGUUGUCUCAGUCUUUGCUGAAGCAUUUUUUGGGAAAACCAACGAGCAGGUGGUUGAAGUAUGUACAAAUAGCAGCAGUCCUCAUGCUGGCCUCUUUCCUAACGAUAACUCGACACUGGCUGUGGACAUCUACAAAGGGGGUGUUGUGCUGGGAUGUUACUUUGGGCCUGCUGCACUCUACAUUUGGGCAGUGGGGAUCCUGGCUGCAGGACAGAGCUCCACCAUGACAGGAACCUAUUCUGGCCAGUUUGUCAUGGAGGGAUUCCUGAACCUAAAGUGGUCACGCUUUGCCCGAGUGGUUCUGACUCGCUCUAUUGCCAUUAUCCCCACUCUGCUUGUUUCUGUCUUCCAAAAUGUAGAGAGUCUAACAGGGAUGAAUGACUUCCUGAAUGUUCUACAGAGCUUACAGCUCCCCUUUGCUCUCAUACCCAUCCUCACAUUUACAAGCUUGCGGCCAGUAAUGAGUGACUUUGCCAAUGGACUAGGCUGGCGGAUUGCAGGAGGAAUCUUGGUCCUUAUCAUCUGUUCCAUCAAUAUGUACUUUGUAUUGGUUUAUGUUCAGGAACUAGGGCAUGUGGUGUUAUAUGUGGUGGCUGGUGUGGUCAGCGUGGCUUAUCUGGGCUUUGUGUUCUACUUGGGUUGGCAAUGUUUGAUUGCACUGGGCAUGUCCUUCCUGGACUGCGGGCAUACGUACCAUCUGGGAUUGACAGCUCAGCCUGAACUCUAUCUUCUGAACACCAUGGAUGCUGACUCACUCGUGCCUAGAUGACUGACAGCCUGAGAGACUAUAUGAGAACAAGUUUCUCUAAGCCCCUUUGUGUCAGGUGUCCUGUUAACAUCUCUGUUAGUUCAGAGGUGAGUUUUGUUCAGACGUUUUGAACAAAAGGCCAAGAUUUCCUCAUGGGAAGGGUGUUCAAAGCUGACAGCUAUAAACGUAGGUCAGAGACCCGCACACCUCACAACAGUCACACACUCCCAGAGUUAAAAUGAUCAGCUUCUGGUGGCCACACACCCCUAUGGGCUUGUGUCUUGGACUCUGGGAUUUAAAAAAUAUAUAUGUAUAUAUAUUUAUGUAAACCUGAGCAUCUCAGUUUGGGUAGAGUUUUAAGGUUAUAUAAAACUGAUAGAGCUUUUGUAUUUUUUAAAAAAAAAUUUUGUUUAGAUAAAUCAGAUAUUUGUUUUGUCUGGAUCAUAAGUGAGAAAGGAAAGAGAAUAAUGCUCUUUUUCACAAUGAACUGGUCAAAUUGACUAUCUUGUAAAGUGAUAUUUUACUAUGUAAGUUAAAUUUCACUUUGACCUUAAUGGACCAGAUUAUAUCCUUGGUAUCUAUUGAUAUUAACACAUCAUUUCUUAAAAAAAAAUUUUUCUCUAUUUGGCAAUCAUAAUUAACCCAGGUUAUCAGCCUGUUUUGUAAUUAUUGUCUUUGUUGUCACUUUUCUUGAAUUGUUUUCUAGUCAUUAAACAAAUAACGAAGGCA